AUGGGUCGCUGUGAAGUUGUCCGUUGGUUUCUGAAAUCCGGAUGGGCCGACGUCAAGGCCAAACACGAUAUCGGGGGGGCUGAAAUCGACAUCAAGGGGAAGGCCAGUACUACGCAGCUCAGUUAUGCAGUUCUACGAGAUCAUUUGCCUAUUGCUAAGAUGUUUCUGUCGAUGGGUGCAGAGGUGAAUACAAUUCACGAGGAGGAGUGGACGCCCCUUCAUGUUGCUGUGAGGAGUGGGCAGGAGGAAAUAGUGAGUCUUGCUGAAAAGCAGGUUAUUAGACUGAUCCGGUAG